UGAAUAUCAAUGGCGCAGUAAAAACGGUUGCUAUGGUGAUAAAAACAUUGUAAAACGUAAACACCGAAAUCGUGAAUAUUAUUCAGUUAAUUUGUUUUAAAUAUUAAUAAAAAUGGAUAUGACAAUGCAAAUUAAAGAUGGACAGUACACAAAAACUAUUUAUACUAUGAUUAAGGAAGCGAGAUACGACGAAGCAAUCAAGGCUCUCAAUGACGCCAUCAACUUCAGUCCAAACAGAGCUGGACUGUCUCUCCUCGGAUUCUGCUACUUCAGGACACAGUCAUUCCUUGAAGCAGCCAAUUGCUAUGAACAGCUAUCAGCUAUGCAUCCCGACAUACCUGAGUACAAGCUCUAUUUUGCACAAGCACUCCACGAGGCUUCUAUGUACGAUGAGUCUUAUAAAGUUACAAUGCAAAUCACAGCGCCUUUACUUGAAAGAAAGGUCAUAAAGUUACAAUCUGCCAUCAAAUACGGUGAAGAAGACACAAUUACUGCAAAAGGACUCGUGGAUUCAUAUCCUCAAGAGGAUCCUGAUAAGGACAUAAAUCUAGGAUGUUUGUUGUUCAAAGAAAAUCAAUACGAGGAGGCGUUACAGAAGUUUUCGAGAAGUCUGAACGUUGUUGGGUUCAAUGCACAUCUUCAUUACAACAUUGCACUUUGUUACUUUAAACUCAAAGAAUAUCCUCAAGCAUUGAAACAUAUCACUCUAGUGAUUGAAAGAGGCAUCCGGGACCACCCCGAGCUAGCAGUCGGUAUGCAAGCAGAGACUUCGGAAGUAAAAUCUGUUGGAAAUACACUAACUCUGCACGAGACGGCGCUUACAGAAGUAUUUAAUCUUAAAGCUGCCAUUGAAUUUCAACUGAAAAACAUAGAAGCGGCACGUGAAGCACUUAACGAUAUGCCACCCAGACAUGAACACGAGCUAGAUGCCGUAACCUUACAUAAUAUAGCUUUAACUUCAAUCGAUAUAAAACCAACAGACGGUUUCGAAAAGUUGCAUUUCUUGCUACAACAAGAUCCUUUCCCGGCAGAAACAUUUGCCAACCUCUUACUUCUUUAUUGCAAGUUUGAAUACUUCGACCUAGCUGCUGAUGUACUGGCUGAAAAUGCACAGUUUACUUAUAAAUAUUUAACACCAUAUCUGUAUGACUUUUUGGACGCUAUAAUAACGAGCCAAACUUCACCAGAGGAAGCAUUUCAGAAGUACGAAGACAUUGCCUCGAAGCACGCGGAACAACUCAGAAAACUCACAAAAGUGGUCCAGGAAAGCCGAUCUCAGGGAGAUAACGACCAAGUGAAGAAAGCUGUCGUCGAGUAUGAGGAAGCCUUGGAAAGAUACAUCCCAGUGGUCAUGGCACAGGCCAAAAUAUAUUGGGAUAUGGAAAACUACGGACAAGUUGAAAAGAUUUUCCGUAAGUCUGUAGAGUUUUGCAAUGAGUCAGAUGUGUGGCGGCUAAAUGUAGCGCAUGUGCUAUUCAUGCAAGAAAAUAAAUACAAGGAGGCUGCCAGUUUCUAUGAGCCUAUUGUUAAGAAACAAUACGAUAAUAUAUUAGACGUAAGUGCAGUUGUUUUAGCUAAUCUAUGUGUGUCUUACAUAAUGACGUCGCAAAAUGAAGAGGCCGAGGACAUUAUGCGUAAAAUAGAAAAAGAAGAAGAGCAACAAAUAUUUGAGGACCCGCAAAAGAAAUUUUAUCAUUUGUGCAUCGUGAACUUGGUUAUUGGCACUUUAUAUUGUGCGAAGGGAAACUAUGAAUUUGGGAUAUCAAGGGUCAUUAAGUCUCUAGAACCUUUUAACAAACGCCUAGGUACAGACACUUGGUUUUACGCAAAGCGUUGCUUUUUAUCCUUCCUGGAGAACUUGGCUAAACACUUGAUUGUAGUUAAAGAUAACACUAUAAAGGACUGCCUGCAGUUUCUCGAAGGUUGCGAGACUUACGGGCGACGAGUGAGUACUGUUAUUGAAAACCCUUUUCAAGAAGAAGACGCGCACACUAAGGCUAAGCAAACGGUGACAUACGAGGCGCGGCUCUUGCGAUACAUGUUUUAUAAGUUAAGAAAUAUUGAUGAUUCUGUUACUAUAAACAAGUACGAGGAUUUGAAAUAAACGCUUACCUGGAGGUAUUGGUCUUUUAUCGACGCCAGUCUUUCUUGCAUCUCUGUGUUUGAGUACAAAAGUCCGUUGCUGUCCGAAGGAUAGAGACGCUAUAGGUGCUGUUGGAUCUAAUUCUGGUUCAUUGUCUCUGUGCUCGCCCAUGUGAUCGUUACCGUUUCUAUAUCUGUGUGAAAUGUUUGCAUCAAAUAUUCAAUAUCAACAA